UCUGUGACAUCAUGUGUGACAACGCUACACUCUAAUACUUUAAUUCAGACUGUGUGCAGAGCUCUAAACCACUCUGACCAUUAACCGUGUGUGUGUGUCGUGCAUGUCUUAUACACCCUGAGUGAUGUGGCUGCUUCUGACUCUGUUGCUGUCGCUGUCUCUGUUUAUGGGAUCACACGAGGUGGAACCAGGAUGUGAUGAAUGGACUCACUCUUCAUCCUCCAGUGAGUUUUGCUGUGUGAGAUGUAAGCCAGGAAACCGGCUGGUGAAUAAUUGUGGUCCAAACGUGCAGGUCCUGUGCACGCCGUGUGAGAACGGAACAUACACCAGGAUCAACAAUGCGGUGUCCUGCAAAACAUGCACCGAAUGCAUAAGUCCACUGAGGGUGAAGACGUUCUGCACUGCCAGCUCUGAUACAGUGUGUGAGUGUGCUGAGGGAUUUCAGUGUGGAGAUGAAACCUGCUCCUUCUGCGUCCAGCAAUGUGGCAAAGGAGAAGAACCUACAGAGCAAAGAGAUUGUCAGCCUUGUCCUGAAGGAACAUUCAACAGUCAGAUACAUCACCACUGCAUUAAGUGGAGCAGCAGCUGUCCGUCGGCGGAUCAGCAGAUCGUGGCUGAGGGGACGGCCGUCAGUGACAUCGUCUGUGCUGAAAUAAAACCCACCGUGCCGAACGAGAUUCCAUCAAACCCUGACAGCAAAGAUCCGGGGAUGAAGCUGGUCAUGGCUAUAAUUUGUGCCUGCUUGAUCAUCAUUUCAGCAAUGCCGCUGUGCAUUGCCAUGUACUUUAAAAAGGAAAAGACAGAGAAGACGCCACUCAGGCCUGAGGAAACUCCAGCUGCCCGGCAGAGUCUGGUACCUGAACUGGAGCAGUGCAAUUUCUGUUUUCCGCAGGAGGAACGCGGCAGUAAUUCGUCUCUGCUCCUGGAUGAUAAACCAUUUGAGCUGGUUGUCUGACACGACACUUCCUACACCGAUAUAUUUGAUUUUUUUCAUUUCUUUUAUAAAACAGAGUUCUAUUUUCUUCACAGCUUGAUCAUAUUGAUUUUGGGAUCUGCCUGGUGCAGGAUUAUUAACUUAUCUCUAAAAAAAUGUUGUAAAGGAUAGUUUGCAUAUAUUUUUAUUAUUAUUAUUAUUAUUAUAAUUAUUUUCUUUGUUCUGUCACUACUCUAAUUUAUUUACAUUAUUAGGUUUGUCUGACAAUUUCUU